AUGCAGCCUGCGCGUCCUCUCCUCAUCCUUCUACACAUCGUAACCUACCGUACGGAUACGCAAUACACAGUUAAGCGUCCUGUACCGCACACCGCACCGUCCGCACCUCACCUCACCGCACUGCACCGCACGUACAAUACUUCGUACACGCGCGCUAUACCAUACGAGACCGAGACGAGGAAAAACAACCUGCUCAAUACCCCGUUUCCCGCUCAAUUGGGCAUAUGCCGCGAAUCUCUGCCUUGUCCAGCCUACAGAUACCUGUUCGGAUCCCACGAAUACCUCGCUAUCGUCGUUCCAAGAAUCCCCUUUGCAAGUGCGAGACUGCAACCUUACGCAGAGCCCCAAAACGCUACAGCCAUUCCCCUUCCUAUGCUUCCCCUCCCUCAUCCUCGCCAAAGCCUCCGCGAGAUCGACAGCGAGCAAACUAACACCCUCUUCCUUGUUGCGAGCCACCCGACCCAGCGUGACGGUGUCAACUUUGUCGAGGUCUCGGGAGGGAUCAAUGCCUUCGGCGAUGCCAUGCCACGCCAUCCCAAGCCCCAUACUAUGCCGCGCUCUGCCACGCGCGCAACACGAGUAUCCAUCCUUACCUUCAGCAGUAAUACCAUACUCCGUAGAGAGAAAGAGGACCGAAUUCUCUAA